AUGUCAGCUGGCAGGCGGAGAAAGCAGAAGGCAGUCAAAGAGAGGGCAGGCAUGGCAAAGCUCCCCGACCUGAAGGACGCUGAGGCGGUGCAGAAGUUCUUCCUGGAGGAGAUCCAGCUGGGGGAGGAGCUGCUGGCUCAGGGAGACUAUGAGAAAGGUGUUGACCACCUGACCAACGCCAUCGCCGUGUGCGGUCAGCCUCAGCAGCUGCUCCAGGUGCUGCAGCAGACUCUGCCUCCGCCCGUCUUCCAGAUGCUGCUCACCAAGCUGCCCAGCAUCAGCCAGCGUAUUGUGAGUGCACAGAGUCUGAGCGAGGACGAUAUAGAAUGAGAGGACCGGGAGGAGACGACCCACAAACCCUCCUCUUCCUCUUCUUCAUGUGCUACUUCCAUGACGACCCCGCCAACGCCUCGGCCUCCAUCACUCCGGCCGACGUCCAUCACCUCCUAAAUUGGAAUUCGGUUUUUUUUAAUUCCUGGUUUAACCAUCACAGUAGUGUUUUUAUUUUUUUUUUAACUUAAAUUACCCGUUUUGGGGUAUUAAGAGUAUCUGGAUCUUAACGGUCAGAGAAACACAAGAGCCCGUCCCAGCUUCACCAUCAUUAGGUACGCACUCAUUAAGUGGACCGGGUGUUAACACGAAUCCGCUCCUCCCUUCAGGGUGGUGUAGCACACGUCCUGACAGCAUCAUGUACCAGGUUUACACCGACUGACGUGUUCGUACCAGCCAUCCUCACGGUUCUCAUGAUAUCAGGCGUGGAAAGUUACAGAAACAGGAAUCUUCUCUCCGCUCGGAUGCUUCACAAAGUAUUUAUUGUUUUUUGGUUUUUUUUGUUAUCAGUCGUCUGUCUUUCUGUUCGGUCUCUGACUUGGAAACACUUUUUAAAAAGUGAUGAAAUGUUUUGUUUUUGUCAUUUUAAAGAGGACGACCCUCUUUAGGAAAAAAUAAAUACAAAAUAUGA